AUGUUUUUAAAAUAUCUUUAAGGCACAGCCUUAUUUCUUUUGAUUUCAAUCACUUCAGAUCAAGCAUUUUGUUUGCAAUAGAGAAAGUUAUUACAGAAUUCUCCUUCUGUUCUUCUUAAGCUAGAGCUUGAAAUUCAAGGAGGAUCAUUCAAUGGAUCAGGUUAGGGAGAUAUAAUUCUCAAUGUCAAUGGUAAUGCAAAUUGUACUGUGUAGAAGUUCUGCACAAAUUAAUCAGCUUAAAUCCUACCAAAGGAUUCUGAAACAAUGCAAAAAUAGAAUUCUAUUAAACUUUUGGAUUUGAGUAAAUAUUCAACUGAGAAAUAGGCUAUAUUUUGGAAGUAUGAAAACUAUACAAAAUAUCUCCUUUAAAAGGCAGUAUAAGAAAGUUUCUAAAUGAAUCACGACAUCUGGUUUAACUUUUAAGAUAUACUUGAUACAGGUAUAUCUUAUAAAAAUUUCCUGUCAAAACUUUAAAAUGCACCAUUAGUUGAUUUAGAAUAUGAAAGUAUUGCAUGGGGGUAUGGUGAUGACAUUAGCAUAGUAGAGGAAUACAUUUAAAAGUACGGGGUAAAAGGAGGGGCUUUUGACUUAAUAUAGACUUAUGUUUCCAGUUAUUAUGAUGUCCAAUUUCCAUAUGCGGACAUAAUUCCUGACCAAACUCUUUUUUCAAUGCCUAAAGAAGAAGAGUACAAUUCAGCAAAAAAUAACAUUAAUACCUUUGAAAAAAUCUUCUAUUCUGCUAGAUAUGAUUAUGGAUAUUCUGAAAGUGUAGAUGCAAGUGAGUUUUGCUAAAUGGAGGUUAAGUAAUGGACAGAAUAAUAUUAGGUUUAUAUUUAGUAUCUUCCAAAAUUGACAAAGCUGCAGCUCUAGUAUUUAGAAAGUUAUAUUAAAACUUAAUAAAUUGGGCUUGACAAUAAUUCUGAAGAUCUCUCAACUUACUUUGCUUCAUAUGAUAAAUUCUACUCAGUGUGUAUAUCCAAGAUUGGAGAUGACUCUACAAUUCCAGAACUCUGA